ACCCUGUCCUACCCUGCCCUGCCUAGUCUUGCCCUGUCCUGCCCAGUCCCGCCCUGUCCUACCCUGUCCUGCCCGGUCCUGCCCGGUCCGGCCCUGCUCUGCCCGGUCCGGCCCUGCUCUCCCCUGCCCUGCCCAGUCUUGCCCUGCCCUGCGCGGUCCCACCCUGUCCUACCCUGCCCUGCCUAGUCUUGCCCUGUCCUGCCCGGUCCUGCCCGGUCCGGCCCUGCUCUGCCCGGUCCGGCCCUGCUCUCCCCUGCCCUGCCCAGUCUUGCCCUGCCCUGCGCGGUCCCACCCUGUCCUACCCUGCCCUGCCUAGUCUUGCCCUGUCCUGCCCGGUCCGGCCCGGUCCGGCCCUGCUCCGCCCUGUCCGGUCCUGCCCUGUCCUACCCUGUCCUGCCCGGUCCGGUCCUUCCCUGCCCUGCUCUGCCCGGGCCUGGCCUGGCCUCCCCUGGCAGUAGGCAGAGAUGGCGGCGGAAGGGGCCCGUCCGAGCCUGACGUCCAUCUCGUCGGGGGAGCUGCGGAGCCUGUGGACGUGCGACUGCGAGCUGGCCGUGCUGCCCCUGCGCCAGCUGCUGCUCCUGCAGGCCGAGGCCUUCCGGCUGCGGGGCCCCCUCCUCCUCCACCUGCCCGGACCCCACCGAGGGGGCUUCAACGUCUUCGGACACGGCGUCGUGCGCCUCGACGGCCGGCUCUACCGACUCGGCAACUACAUCAAGAGGUUCGUGGAACUCACCAGCCACCGCGACUAUAAAGACUACCGGGAAACGGUCCUGAGCCGUCCGAUGCUGUUCUUCACCGGCGUGAGGACUGGGGCAGGGCCCUCCUGUCAAGAAAAAACCUAUGUACUUCUUGUGAACACCCGACACCCCAAGAUAAGAAGACAAAUAGAACAAGGGAUGGAUCAAGUCAUCUCCUCAGUGUUUGGAGAAAGCUACAGCCUUCGGUUUGAUUUCCAGCAAGUGGUAAAGAGUUUUUUCCCUCCGGGAAGUGAAGUGGUUAAUGGAGAAGAUCUAAGCUUCGCAUACGAAUUCAAAUCCGAUGCCCUGUUUGAUUUCUUCUAUUGGUUCGGGCUCAGCAAAAGCACGGUUGAAGUGCAUGGAAAAGUUUUGAAUUUGUCUACGACCAGUUCAGCCAAGAAGGAGACGAUCAAGUUAUUUCUGGAAAAGAUGAGCGAGCCCCUCGACAGGAGGACCAGUUUCUCAGACCGGAAGUUCAGUGUUACCUCUAGAGGUUCAAUAGACGACGUUUUUAACUGCAAUCUGUCUCCCAGAUCAUCACUGACAGAUCCUCUUUUAACGGGAUUGCCAAUCCCAGGAGUUAUGGAAUCGGAAGAGAGUUAAAUACGCAGAUGAUCGGUGUCCCGUGCUCAGCUUUUAUGAUCAACUGAAAGCUAGGCACCAGAGCUGUCAGGAUAGAAGGUGAACUGGAGGGGUUUGCCCCCUGCUUUUUAAUCUCCUCCCACCCCCCACCCCAUUUCUGCUUUAGAGGACAGGACUUUUUGCCUCUCUGGGGCCCUUAGCAUCUCCUGUAGAAUUGCGCUCUCUCUCCCUUUGCCGUGGGCUGUUAUAACCCAACAAGCCCCUGCUCCUGUGGGAUUAUUUAGGUCAGGAUUCACCUCUGAGGCCAAUAAACAAGGAAAUUCCCCUGCUGAUGACCGAUACUCUUGCCAAAGCCGAGCUUAGUAGGGGGGGUCAGACCCCUGCUUCUGGCCAGAUGCAGAUGUAAGAAGAGCUCUCUAAUGCUCCUAAGCACUAAGAUUAGUAACCCUCUUGGACUUGACAGACCGAGGAGUGUCUGAUAUUUGAUCUUCUGCGUAUAAAAUGAUCAGUGAAGUAGACGAUAGGACCGCAUUCAGCACUGACAGAUGCGGGAUAAUAAACAAAGGGCGGCUUUCUUUAAAGAGAAUA